AUGGUUGUGGAGGGGCUAACGCCAGUGCAGAUUGGCCGGGACUUUGUGACACAGUAUUAUGCAAUGCUGAAGAGCGCCCCAGAAAUGAUGAUACAUGAAUUUUAUGGCAAGAAUACCUCGGAUGUGCAUGGGGGCCUGGAAUCCCCUGAGAAAGCUAUUGCUGCAGUCUCUGGACCAAAGGAAAUCCACAGGGAGGUAGCAUCGCUGCACAGCUUGGCCAAUGGCCACGUGGAGAUCCUGCACUUGGAUGCCCAGGCCACCCUGAACAAAGGUAUCGUGGUGCAGGUGCUGGGCCUGCUGUCCACCAGCGAUCAGGCUCCGAGGCACUUCGUGCAGACUUUAGUCCUCGCACCCCAGGACUCAUCUGAAGGGAAGUUCUACGUGCACAACGACAUCUUCAGCUACCAGGAUGAAGUCUUGGGGGGCUUCAUCACCGAGUCUCAGGAGGAAGCAAAGGAAGAAGCAAAGGGCGAGCCAGAAGCUGAGCUAGAGCCAGUGCGAGAGCCUCAGGAAGAGAAGCUGGAGGCCAUCCUGGAGGAAGCAAAGGAAGAAGCAAAGAUCGAGCCAGAAGAAGCUGAGCUAGAGCCAGUACGGGAGCCUCAGGAAGAGAAGCUGGAGGCCAUCCUGGAGGAAGCUGUCCCUGAGGCCGCAGAGAAGAGCCCCGCUGAGCAGGAGGCCCCCAAGAACAGGAUCCCAGAGGAUGCUGCCCCUAAAGGCCAGGUCUCCGAGGCACAGGAGGAUGAGCCGCCCGUCUCAUGGGCGUCCAUGGUCUGCAAGAACCUGGGGCCUGUGACCGGGACCCCACCCCAGCGGCCAAAGGUCCCGGCCUCCCAGCCCAGUCCUGAGUCCAAGCCCGAAUCCCAGAAACUCGGGCAGCAGGAGCAGAGAGGCAGGGAGGCAGGGACCAACCCUGCUCCCCGAGGGCCGCCCAGGCCCCUCCGUGACCCCAGACAGCCAGGCAGCCUGGUGCCCCGAAGGCCAAGGUCGUCGAGGCACCCCAACAGCCACCAGCUCUUCCUGGGCAACCUGCCCCACGAGGUGCAGGAGCAGGAGCUGCUCCAAGUGUUCCAGGCCUUUGGCAAGGUGUUGGAGCUGCGGGUGCUCAGCGGCGGGGAGGCGCCCGACUUCGGUUUCGUGGUGUUCGACGGCUGCGAGCCGGUGCAGAAGGCCCUGAGCAGGAGGCCCAUCACAAUCCGGGGGGGUGUGCGCCUCAACGUGCAGGAGAAGAGGCCCCGAGCAGCCCUGCGGGACUCUUGCCCUGGUGGGGCUCCGGGCUCUGGCCCGCGAGGGCCUCCCCGAGGGAACCUGAUGCAGAUGUCCGACUCGGAGGUGGGUGAAAACCAGUUCCCGUGA